AUGUUCAAAAUAUCAGGAUUUGAUCUUCCAAAGAAGAUCGAGAAAGAGGCACCUAAAAAGAAAAAUAAGCCUCAGCCAGGAUCCAAGAAGCUAAACCCUUCUGCUGAUGGACUACAAGAGCUGUUCGGCCAGCUGGGUCGUCAAGACGAGGCUGGGCCCAAGCGUAAACGAGAGGUUGAUCCUAAGCCAGAAUUGAAGAAAAAUAUUGUCAAGGAGGCAGAAUCAGAAGAAUCAAGUAACAAAAAGACCAAAAAAGAACAAAGACCGAAAAAAGAAAAGAGCAAUGAGAAACAAAAGCCUAGUGCAGUCGAGCCCGAGCCAGAAAAAAUCUCUACCCCUGCUGCGAUGACGCCCGAACCAAGAACAAAAUUAACACCAAUGCAACUGAAAAUGCAGCAGAAACUUAGUGGUGCGCGGUUUCGAUGGAUCAAUGAGCAGCUAUAUACCACAUCCUCGUCAGACGCUCUCAGCCUAUUCAAGAAACAGCCGCACGUUUUCGACGAGUACCACCAAGGAUUCAAGCAUCAAGUCGAAUCAUGGCCAGAAAAUCCCGUUGAUACGAUGGUUAAAAAUUUCAAGCUUCGGUUGCAGAAACCACUGAAUGCUCCUGGCGGUCUUCCUGCUGAUUAUAACGGCGACAUCGUGGUUGCAGAUAUGGGCUGUGGUGAAGCUAAACUGGCCCUGAAAGUCUCAAAAUUGCGUGGUGGACCCAAAAGUCGCAAGGCAAGAUUCCAGGUCCACAGCUUCGACCUGCAUAAAGCCAACGAUCGGAUCACUGUUGCGGAUAUGGCAAAUGUGCCGCUUCCAGAUGAGUCUGCACAUGUUGUCGUUUUCUGCCUGGCCUUGAUGGGAACUAACUUGGAGGAUUUUAUCAAGGAAUCACUCCGCAUUUUGAAGCCACGAGGAGAAAUCUGGGUUGCCGAGAUCAAGUCCCGAUUUGACAUCACGGACAAGGGCACCGACGUCCAGCGAUUUGUAGACACCCUCAAAGGAUAUGGCCUGCAUCAUAAAGCUACCGACGACUCUAACAAGAUGUUUGUGCGCUUUGAGUUUGUAUUCUUCCCCAAACAAGAAAAGACAAAGUUCAUCGAGCCCGAAAAAGAUGAGCGCCCAUUGCUCAAGCCUUGUAUCUAUAAACGUCGUUAA